CUAAAGUCUUCACCUUCCCAAGCAUCAAACCUUUCUCUCUUUUCCAAGUCCUUUGCAUUCAUUUUCUUCUUCUUUUGUCCUCUUGAGCAUAUAAAAGCCAUGGGUUUCAGGUUGCCUGGAAUUGUUAAUGCAAAGAGAAGUCUCAUCCGAUCUCGAUCUACUUCAAAACGGACAGCUGAAUCAAAGACAGAUAUCCCAAAAGGCUAUUUUGCAGUGUAUGUUGGAGAGAGCCAGAAGAAGCGGUUUGUGAUUCCGGUAUCAUAUUUGAAUGAACCUUUAUUCCUGGAUUUGUUGAGUCAAGCUGAAGAAGAAUUUGGAUAUGAUCAUCCCAUGGGUGGUAUCACAAUCCCCUGCAGUGAAAACACCUUCCUCGAUCUUACUUCCCGCUUACGUGUAUGACUGAGCGUGAAUGGAUUUCAAAAUCAUCGAAAAGAUCCUCAUUUCAGACCUCACUGUGUCAAGCUGAUGAAGGAUUUUGAUGUGAUCAUAUCCAAAGCAUCAUUAUUUCAGAAACCACUGAGUUUGGAUGGAAAAAGAGGUUACCAUGGAUCAUUCAUAGAAUCAGCUCACCCUUCUGUAAUGCUGAAGUUGCUUGUGAUCUGAGCAGAAUCAUAGAAAUUGUUGCUGCAGAAAAAUGAUGAUAUGAUGAGGUCCACAAAACCAUUGUUCCAAAAAUCAUGACUCCAAUUUUGAACUCAAAGGAAGUCAAAUUUGUUGUCUUGUAAUUCUAUGUAAACUUCUUUGUUACUCUACAGGAAUAUACAAGAAUAUAUAACAUAUGAUAAAUGCUCA